GCCAUACCCAAACGUAUAUGGUGGUACUCUUAAUUAAAUCCAAUCCAAUCUAAUGGCACCAACAACAACAACAGUAACAGAAGCAUCCAUCAGCACCGCCGUCGAGAACCAGCAGCAGCGCCACCCAAAAGCAAGAAGAGUCUGCUUCUCAUUCGCAGCAUAUGCCAAGAAAGUCAUCCAGCACCUCGAAUCCUGCAACGUCCCCAUCGCCGAAGGCCUCACCGAUGAUGAAUUCAGUGCCGUGGAGUCCCAAUUCAAUUUCACAUUCCCUCCUGACCUCCGCUCCAUCCUCCAAGAAGGCCUCCCCGUCGGCCCUGGCUUCCCCAACUGGCGAUCCUCCUCCUCCCAACAGCUCGAAAUCCUCACCAACCUCCCUAUCUUGUCCCUUUGCAAACAAGUCUCCAUUCACAAUUUCUGGGCCCACUCUUGGGGCGACCAGCCCAAUGACACCAACGAGGCCGUUCAAUUGGCCAAACGUUUCUUGAAGAACAAAUCCCCCAUUCUCGUCCCUAUUUAUCGCCACUGUUACAUUCCCUCCUCUCCCAAUUUGGCGGGAAACCCCGUAUUCUACGUUCACGGCGCCGAUGUUCGCCUGGCCAGCUUCGACGUCGCCGGAUUCUUCCACCGAGUCGAUUUCCCGGUCUGGGCCGCGACGGAGCCCCGGAGGAUCGAGUUUUGGACGGAGAUGAUGGAGAGGGCGCCGCCGCCGUUGUGGUGGACUGGGGAUUUGGUUGGGUGUAUGGAGGAUGUGUGUUGGAGGCUGAGGAAUGGAGGGUGGAAAGAAGACGAGGUAAGGGAGAUGAUGAUGAUGGACGGUGGAGAUGAGCGUGAUCGGAUGGUGUCGAGAGACCUGGAGGGUGUGGUGUGCCACGUGCGGGUUUUGUCGCUGAGGUUGUUGCGUGCGGGUUGGAGCACGGAAGAUGUGGUGGACUCGCUUGGUUAUCGCGUUGAGUAUGAUGUGGAGUCUUGGUUGGACUUUCAACACACAAAGAGCUGCCUACUAGAAGCUAUAUGAGACAAGAUAAUGAUAAGAUGAUGAUCAAAAUUCAAAACAGAUAGUCAGCGAUACCGUCCGAUUAUGAGAUUUUUUUUUUGUUUUUCUGGGGUUGAAUAUUCAUUUGAUUAUAUGUAGCCAUUUUACUCACUGUAAAUAAUUAAUAAAAAGAAAUAGGCAUGGUUUUUCUUUUUGGCACAGCCACAUGUUAACUGAUGCUAGCUGUAGUUGGCACAUGUCAAGAUGAUCCAAUUUCAUA